GUUAACAAGAGUGCUUUGUGUUUUUGCUUCAAUCAUGCCUGCUGUCUAAACGUUUCGUUGACGUUACAUGCGCGGACUUAUAAACACGGUAAAAAAACAAAAUGGCAUUUUCAGAAGACCUGUUGGCUCAAAGGAACAAAUUACAGCAUGAGAUUUUGGCUUUGGAGAGCACACUGGGAAAUGGCAGGAACAUUGCAGACUUGCUGUCUUCAGACAGUGACAGUGCUGAGGAGUCUGAGGACAGUGGAAAUGCAGGCGAGGAUGCACAUGAGGACCUGGAAGCAGAGCGACAGCAAAUACAGAGAGAAAUCGAAGAGUUAGAGCGAACGCUAGGGGCGGACGCGGCUCUGGUCGAUGCUCUGACAGACAGUGAACAUGGCAGUCUAAUGGAUUCUAAUGGUGAGGAUAGUGACGAGGAUUUGGAUCUUCCUCAAGAUAUGGAAACCUGUCUUCAGAUGAAUUUGGUUUAUCAGGAAGUGCUGAAAGAAAAGCUAGCUGAAUUGGAGAGGCUUCUGAAAGAAAAUCAUGAACAACAGAAAGAGUUUGAAGAGCAGCUCUCUGGUCCUUCAUAUAACUAUCCUGGCCUGCCUCAUCUCAGACUCUUCCUUGGGAGCUUUAUGAAACCAUAUUUCAAAGACAAACUGACUGGUUUGGGCCCUCCAGCCAAUGAAGAAACUAAAGAGAGGUUGGCUAAUGGGACCAAUCCCUGUGAUGAGAGGAAAAUUAGAAGAUGGGAGCCGUGGCAAAAAACGUUGCUGAUCAAGUCCGUUGUCACAGACACUAUGAAACGCAUGUUGCAACCCAAACUGUCAAAGAUGGAAUACUUAACUACAAAGAUGUCCAAAGCGGAGGAUGCAGAUAAAAAAGAACUACAAAACCAAAUUGCUCUUUUAGAGAAGGAAAUCACAGAAAUAAGGUCAAUGAAAGAGGAUCAGCUGUAUGGGGCUCGCCAUGAUGAUCACGACUGGGACAAAAUAGCGAAUGUUGAUUUUGAGGGCUUUCGGCAACCUGAUGAUUUGAUGAGAUUCUGGCAGAAUUUCCUGCAUCCCUCCAUUAACAAAUCCACAUGGAGCCAGGAUGAGAUUGCCAAACUUGCAGAAGUCGCAGAACAGCACAUGUACUGCCACUGGGAUAAAAUUGCAGAAUCUCUUGGGACCAAUAGGACAGCUUUCCUGUGUUUCCAGACAUAUCAGCGCUACAUCUCUAAACGGUUCAGGAAAAGAGAGUGGAGUAAAGAGGAGGAUGAGGUCUUAAGAGAGCUUGUGGACAAGAUGAGGAUUGGCAACUUCAUACCGUAUACUCAAAUCUCAUACUUUAUGGAAGGUCGUGAUGGUUCCCAGCUCAUCUACCGCUGGACAUGCGUUUUGGAUCCUUCAGUAAAGAAGGGACCUUGGACAAAAGAGGAGGACCAGUUACUGGUGAACGCGGUAAAGAAGUAUGGCUGCAAGGAUUGGUGGAAGAUUAAACUGGAAGUACCUGGAAGGACAGACAACUCAUGCCGAGACAGAUAUCUGGAUAGCCUCCAAGAUGAUAUAAAAAGAGGUGCAUGGAGUGAUGAAGAAGUGGAACUGCUGAAAAAGCUGGUAGAGAAAUAUGGUGUUGGGAGAUGGGCUAAGAUUGCCUCCGAAAUUCCAAACCGGGUUGACAGCCAGUGUUUGAACAAAUGGAAAUGGAUGAUGUAUAAAGCUUCGGGAAAAGGUUUAAAGAGAGCAAGAGGAAGAAGGAGAUCUGCCAAGCGUGAGCCACGUACAAAGAGGAGGCGAGUGAGGCAGACAGAUGUCGAAGAAGAAAAAGAAGAUUUUAAAUCUGAAAGUGACAACUCUGAAGAUGAAAAGGAGGAAGUGCCAUACAUGGAGAGUGAUGGUGAACAGCCAGUGGAAAAUGAAAAUUUCUGUUCAGAUAAUGAAUGCAGAUUAGAAUAUGUCCAGCCAGACAUGAAGGAGUGGAUUCCUGCACAUAGGACCAAGCUGGCAAAUUCUUCAGGGAAACUGAAGACCACAUUGGUAAGGCUGCCCACUGCGGCAGAAGAGAGCAGCAGAGAUUGUGUAUGGAACACAGUGCUGGACAGAUUGGGAAACCCUGUGAAAAGUUAUGUCGGUCUGGUACCACCUGCUUUGCAAAAAUCUUUACAGAAUUUGAGCAGUGGGCAUGCCAUGAUCAUGGUGACGAAAUAUGAUGUUAAACGCUUGCUGGUUUGCAUGAAAGAAUCCAUCAUAAAAGUGAGAUCAUCAAGAAACAAAACCAGUUUGUCUACAUGCAUAAAUCAGAAUAAUGCCAAGAAUGAUGAAGAGGAGAAUAAGAGUGAAAUGGGAAGCGGUCAGAGAAGAAGAUGUAAGGCUAUAGCCACCACCCAGCUGAGCUAUGAUCUCAUGUUAGCCAUUAUUCCAUGGGUUGGCAAUGUGAUUAUGCCUUUACCUUACAGCGAGAGGCGGGUGUGUGAAGUGGAUAUUCGAAAAAGAACAGCAGAUGUCCCUCUUCAAAAAUCACCUAUGUUUUUGCUUUUUCUGCAGGUUCUUAAAGUUGACUCUGAAGGUUGCAAGAAAGUCAUUGAGGCCCGGAAUGACAGAGUGUCCUCGAUGCCAGGACCUGGAUCGAGAGCCUAUUCAGCCGGGAAGCCAGGUUCCUACCGUCAUGGUAGUACUGUAGCAGACAUUCUACAAGAGAAAAGAAAAGAGAAACAAUCUAACCUCCUGCAAUUUCCAGAGUUUUUAGAUCACCAACUACUUCCACAGCCUGCCAAAGUUGCAAUUCCUCCACUGCCACAGAAAAGGAAAACAAAACAGCCCAUGCAGUCUGCUAGUCAAAAUGUCAUACAGUCUGCUAGUCAGAACAUGAAUGCUGCUCUGAUCUUUCCCCAGACUUUUGUUGUUACCCAGCCAAAUACGGAUAACAAAUAUGGCACUUCAGAUAAUGUGCUACAAGGAAUUUUACCUCUUCUGCAGUUGGGUUCAAAAGAUGCAUCAAAAAUUCCUCAGCCAAUACAACCAGUACCAGUAGGAGUGCCAGUAGAAUCUGAAAGAGUAACAAAGCCAGCAUCCUGUCCCACAACUUCAGUGUCCACAAUUGAUCCACCUACAGAGAUUGCAGAAGAAGCAUGUACUUCAAAACGCAAGCACAAACCCACAAUGAAAGCUCAAGCUUUGUUGGAAGAUAGAAAAAGCAAGCUCUCCAAAAAACAGGCAGCUAAGAAACAAUCAAACAGUAGUGUCACCCAGACAGUGGCUGUAUUACCACAGACUACAGCCUGGAUUCUCACCCCUGCUGGUUUACUGCCUGUUGCUGGAAUUCAGAUACAAGCUCCUGGUAAUGAAAAGCAGGCAAUGCCAAACAAUGUUCAGAUGAUAUUUCCACAACCUGUCAUUGUCAGCCAGAGUAGUUGUGUUGCACCUAGCAAAGACGCAAGCAAUCCACGACCUGAUUUACCUGGAAAUAAUAUUAAAUCUCUGCCUGUCGGAUCAAAUCUUAGUCAGAAUUGUGUACCUUCCUCUGUCUCAGACAACCACAUUGUCUCUUCACUUCCCUCUUCUUCCAAUUCCCCCACUGUCAUUUCAGCUUCUGACAAAAAUAUUCCUCAGGCUCUACCUGACACAAGUGUGCCAACAUCCAUUACAGGAGCCACAGCCCAAGAUCCCCCUUCUAUAUCUGCAUGUAAUAAAAAAAAAACUGUGACUCCCAUGAAUCCCAUAUCAACUCUGGUUGCUGGUUCAUUCUCCCCCAUGGGAACUAGUCAAAACAUUACAGCAUCAUGUAGUUCAGAUGCAACCAACAAGGUUCCCAGUAACUCUUCAGUGUCUACUUUUACAAGCACAUCAUCUAAAACCCCUGCCCCUUUGUUGAACAGUUCUGGUCUUAGUACUAGUCCAGGUCCUCAAAGCCAAAGAAUGCAACAUCCUGUUUCUCAGGUGCUAUUUCAGCAGCCAAUCUUAGUGAACCAAAAUGGCUCUUUGGCACUAAUCAACACUGCAGGACCCUGCAUACCAAAUGAGCCUAUAACUGGUACUGCAAAUGUUACUAGUGUUCCAACUAACUCUGAAGCACCUAAUAUCAACAAGAGCCUUUCACCGUCUUCUAAAGAAAGUGGUGCUACAUCUUCAGCCUUUUGUCUAAUCCCCACUUCUGCACUCCCUCCUGUUUUGAAUGGAGCUUCACUUGCAAUUCCACAGUCCAUCUUUGUAAACAAUCCUGUUAGAGUCAAUGUAGGCCUUCCAACAGAUCAGUUAAAUGUUAAUCCACCUAUUAGUCCUAUGAUCACUCAGAAUGGGCUUCAGACUGUGGUGCAGCAGGUGCCUCCCCAAGCCACUAAGCAAUCUGUCCGUAGCACUGCUACCACGUCUAAUCCAAGACCAAAACAACUGACAUUUGACCCUAGCUUGAUGUUCUUUGAGCAACCAGCUCAAGUGAAACACUGGUUAAAGGGGGUGGGUGGAAUUACACUACCUGGAUUAGAAGAAAACAUGCCUUAUCUUCCCCCAUUUGUUAGCAAUAUCAAUACACUGACCACUUUGCUCAAAGGAAGAGAUUCUUUGUUGAAGUCAGCGGCACAGCUGCUACCUGAAGAACAUAGAGAUAAUUGUGAGGAAGAAGCGAAGAUAGCUGCUGUCCGGAAGAUAGUGUCAGAGAGGUUUAAAGACAACAAAGCAUAUUUGCUUCUGAAGGCUCGCUUCUUGUCAUGCUUUACCUUACCUGCCCUCUUGGCCACUAUAAAUCCGUGCACAGAGUUAGAAGAUGCUCUGGCUCAGGAAGACAGUACAGUCAGGCCAAGACAGUUUGGAGAUGAAACCAACUCCAAACCAAACCACUGGAGUCUCUACUCAACAUGAAAGAAAGCGAAUUAACAGCAACACAGUUUCCUGAAAGUGAACCAAGAAGUCAAACUGACAACUGUCAUAUCACUGCAUAGUGUAUAAAUACUAGCAAAAUAUUUCUAUUAUUUAAUUUUUUGUACAGUAUAUUUAAUAUUAAAGAUGUUCAAAAAUAGUUAUUGUUGAAAAUAUAUAAUGUAUUUUAUGUUUAUGUUCACAGAUGUUCACAGAAUGCACAAAUGUUAAAUUACAAAUUAUUUCUUCAGAACUAUUUUCGAAUAAAACAUUUUAAAAUGAAA